AUGUUCUGUGUGUGUUUCUCAGCGCUGCUCUAUAAGUGUGAGGCUCAGCGCUCCAGCUGCGGUCAGUGUCUCAAAGCGCCGCCGGCCUUCGAGUGCGGCUGGUGCACCGAGAACAGGAAGUGUCUCCUCAGGCAGCACUGUCCCUCUGCAGAGCAGAACUGGAUGCACCACGGCCGCCACAACCUGCGCUGCAGCCACCCCAGAAUCACCAAGAUCGAUCCUCUGACCGGGCCUCGGGAGGGGGGGACCCGGGUCACCAUCGAGGGGGAGAACCUGGGUCUGCAGGUGAAGGAGAUCGCUCAUGUUCAGGUAGCAGGAGUCCGCUGCAACCCGGUUCCCUCGCAGUACGUCAGCGCUGAGAGGAUUGUGUGUGACAUGGCCGAGGCGCUCCUCCCUCACUCCCCCGGUGGACCCGUGGAGCUCUGCAGCGUCUGCAGCGCUGAGUAUCGAACCCUCUCCACCCAGACCUACUCCUUCGUGAGCCCCAUCAUCAGCCGUGUCCUCCCAGAGAGGGGUCCUGUUUCCGGGGGAACCAGACUAGCGGUGUCGGGUCGCUACCUGGACGCCGGGCAGCAGCGUCACCGUCUACAUCGACAAGACGAGUGUCUGUUUGUAAAACGCACCAAGCGGGAGAUCAUCUGCAUCACUCCGGCCUCGGCGUCCGGCGCUGGCCCCGCCCCCAUCCGGCUGAUGAUUGACAGGGCCGAGGUGACGAGCUCCGACACCAAGUACAUCUACAGAGACCCGACCAUCACCAGCAUCGAGCCCAACUGGACCAUACUCAAUGGCAGCACAGUGAUCACAGUAACAGGAACCAACCUUCGGACGAUCCAGGAGCCCAAAGUCAGAGCCAAGUACGGAGGAGUGGAGACCAGCAACUUCUGUAACCUGGUGAACGACAGCACGAUGACGUGUCUGGCUCCUGGUCUGAUGUACACCAAACCAAACCCACCAGAGGGGGCGCUGCGACCUGACGAGUUCGGCUUCAUCUUCGACCAGGUCUCCUCCCUCCUGGUGCUGAACUCGACCCCCUUCACUCAUUACCCCAACCCGACCUUUGACCCCCUGGGGAACUCUGGGAUCCUGGAGGUCAAACCGGGGUCACCCAUCAUCCUCAAGGGUAAGAACCUGAUCCCUCCGGCUCCGGGUAACAACCGUCUGAACUACACGGUGCUGAUCGGAGAGUCUCCGUGUCUGUUAACGGUGUCAGAGAACCAGCUGCUCUGUGAUUCACCCGAUCUGACCGGAGAGCAAAGAGUCCUGAUCCUGGUCGGAGGUCUGGAAUAUUCUCCGGGGACGCUCCAUAUCUACUCGGACAGCGCCCUGACGCUUCCCGCCAUCAUCGGCAUCGGAGCGGGCGGCGGCGUCCUGCUCAUCGCCAUCAUCGCCGUGCUCAUCGCCUACAAGAGGAAGACCCGCGACGCCGACCGCACGCUCAAACGCCUCCAGCUGCAGAUGGACAACCUGGAGAGCCGGGUGGCGCUAGAGUGCAAAGAGGCGUUCGCCGAGCUGCAGACGGACAUCCAGGAACUGACCAACGACAUGGACGGAGUGAAGAUCCCCUUCCUGGAGUAUCGGACCUACACCAUGAGAGUCAUGUUUCCUGGGAUAGAAGAACACCCGGUGCUUAAAGAGCUGGACUCUCCGGCUAACGUAGAGAAGGCUCUGCGUCUCUUCAGUCAGCUGCUGAACAACAAGAUGUUCCUGCUGACGUUCAUUCACACGCUGGAGGCCCAGAGGUCCUUCUCCAUGAGGGACCGCGGCAACGUCGCCUCGCUGCUCAUGGCCGCUCUGCAGACUCUGAUGUGCAUCCCUCCGGAGGGCGAGGCAGGGACGGAGGUGCCGGUGAAGGUGUUGAACUGUGACACAGUGACUCAGGUCAAAGACAAACUUCUGGACGCCGUCUACAAAGGAAUCCCGUUCUCUCAGAGACCUCAAGCUGACGACAUGGACCUCGAGUGGCGUCAGGGUCGACUGACGAGGAUCAUCCUGCAGGACGAAGACGUGACGACGAAGAUAGAGAGUGACUGGAAGAGACUCAACACACUGGCACACUACCAGGUAACGGACGGCUCGUUGGUGGCGCUGGUCCAGAAGCAGGUUUCUGCCUACAACAUCGCCAACUCCUUCACCUUCACCAGAUCACUGAGCAGAUACGAGUCGUUACUCAGGACCUCCAGCAGUCCUGACAGUCUGAGAUCCAGAGCUCCCAUGAUCACACCUGACCAGGAGACAGGAACUAAACUUUGGCAUCUGGUGAAGAAUCACGAGCACAGCGACCAGAGAGAAGGAGACAGAGGCAGCAAGAUGGUCUCUGAGAUCUACCUGACCAGACUGCUGGCUACCAAGGGAACGCUGCAGAAGUUCGUGGACGACCUCUUUGAGACGGUGUUUAGCACCGCCCACCGCGGCUCUGCGCUCCCAUUGGCUAUCAAAUACAUGUUCGACUUCCUGGACGAGCAGGCGGACAAACGACAGAUCAGCGACCCGGACGUCCGACACACCUGGAAGAGCAACUGCCUCCCUCUCAGGUUCUGGGUGAACGUCAUAAAGAACCCUCAGUUCGUGUUUGACAUCCAUAAGAGCAGCAUCACCGACGCCUGCCUGUCGGUCGUGGCUCAGACCUUCAUGGACUCCUGCUCGACGUCUGAACACCGGCUGGGGAAAGAUUCUCCGUCCAACAAGCUGCUCUACGCUAAAGACAUCCCCAACUACAAGAGCUGGGUGGAGAGGUACUACAGGGAUAUUGCGAAGAUGCCCAGCAUCAGCGAUCAGGACAUGGACGCCUACUUGGUGGAGCAGUCCCGUCUCCACGGCAACGAGUUCAACACACUGAGCGCACUCAGCGAGCUCUACUUCUACAUCAACAAGUACAAGGAAGAGAUCCUGACGGCGUUGGAUCGGGACGGUUACUGUCGCAAACACAAACUGAGGCACAAACUGGAGCAAGCCAUCAACCUGAUGUCUGGAAGCAGCUGA